UAAAUGACUUCCACAUUGCGGUAAAGAACGUUACAAUUCAUUUAUCGUAUAAUUGAAAUUUCCAUCAAUCGCAAAGUUUUCUGCGAACAUGAGGCGAUUAAUAUUUUUUGUCUUCAUUAGCAUAUUGCUAAUGAAGAAUGUUACAUCAUCGAUCAUUCAAACAUAUCCUUCAAAUCUGGCAUGGUUGUUCGGUAUAAAUGAUCAAUUAGAUAAAAGCAAGGAGACGACACGGAAUAUAUGUAUAAAUCAGGAAUGCAAAAAAAUUGCUAAGGUAAUAUCAGAGAGUAUGGACAAAUCUAAGAAUCCAUGCGAUGAUUUUUACGAGUACGCUUGUGGAAAGUGGCCGGAACAUAAUCCUAUUCCAAAGGGAAGUCGUUCGUGGAGUUUAUUUCAUAUGCUUCAAGAUAAUGUAGAAAAACAAGUAAACGUUAUUUUGAAAGAAGAAUCCAAAGGAAGCGAUAUUUUGGCAUUAAAGCUUGCGAAAAAGUGGUAUGCAGUCUGCAUGAAUACUGAUGCGAUGGACAAGCAAGGACUCGAUCCAUUAGUUACCACUUUAUCGCGUAUAGGCGGCUGGCCGAUGAUAAUGGAUCCAGACGAAUGGGACGAGCAAGAGUAUAGUUGGCAAAAAGUGGACGAUCAAUAUGUGCGCUUGAUGGGAAGAAAUACUUUUCACGAUCUGCAUGUAAACAGAUAUCAUCCAAACAAGACCGUAGUGAUUGAUACUCCGCAUUUGCCUCCGGAUACCUAUAAAUUAUGGAUUGCAAUUUUGUACGAUAAUGAUGAAAUAGAAGACUAUGAUCUCAGUGACUAUGAUCUCAGUGAGGAUAGUCAGGAGCCUGGAAACGAAGAUGAUGAUGAUGAUGAUAAUGAUGAUGAUGAUGGCAACAGCGAGGACAAUGAUAUUAGUGAUGACGAUACAAAUGAACAAAAUGAAGAUAAAGGCACAAAGAAGAAAAUCGGCAAGAAAAAAUCCACGGAUAAGUUUAAUCAUCAAAGAAAAACAAAAACGCAACACAAUAAAAAGACAAAGAGUGGCACUCGAAUUCUUGGGAAGCAUAAGACGAAGAAACAAAGAGUAAAAAGACAAAUUAUACCGAGAAAAAUCCAUAGUAAACGUGCUCAGCAUCUUACUCAUCGUGAGAAAUUGCGGAAGAGUAAAAGAAAUCAUGUAAGAAAAGCACAACAUGAAGAAAGAAGAAAGGAAACUUUGGAAACGACGACAUCGCAAAUAAUUACGGAAGAAACGAGUGAUGAAGGUGAUAAAACAGCGCAGCAGGUAUAUGCUAAUUACAUUUCGGAAGUAGCUCGUGCUAUAGCUAAAGCGAGAGGCGCUGACGUCUCGGAGGAACACAUUAAUAAAGAUAUCGAAGAUAUGAUCAAGUUUCAGGUGAAACUAGCGCAGAUUACUAUAGAAUCUGAGGAGGAUGCUUUGGAGUUGACGCUUAACGAUUUUCAAGUGUGGUAUGACGAAAAGGAGUCUAAAAUCGCUAAUAGUAAAAUUGAUUGGGUGUACAAAAUUACGGAAUUAUUUGACGAAGCUCAUGUGUCCGUGAAUGGUGAUUUAAAUCUAGAGGUUCAAUCACCAGAUUAUUUUGAGGCUCUUGUUUCUUUGUUGGACGAGACAUCGAAACGAACGAUCGUGAACUACAUACACUGGCAAUUUCUGAGCACAAUGAUAGAGGCUACUACGAGUGAAAUGAGAAACUUAUAUUACACAUGGGAAAAAUGGGAAAUAUCGGAAUCUGAGGAAGAAGAAGAUGAUGAAGAUGAAGAAGAUGAUGAAGAUGAAGAAGAGGAAAGCGAAGAAGAAUGGAGAGAGUCCCAAUGCAUGAGUAAAUUAGAAUUGCAUGAUAUUCUAGCGUACGAAUAUGUUAAAAGACAUUUCUCAGACAAUAUUACGAAGACUGCAGAAGAUAUGGUCGACGAUAUACAAAAGGAAGUAGAAUAUCAAAUUAAAGAAUCAGAUUGGCUGGAUGAAGAUACUAAAGAUUAUGUUUUCGGGAAACUAGUGAACAUGAAGAAAUUUAUUGGAUAUCCAGAUUGGUACCGAAAUAAUACCAUUGUUAAACGAUAUUUUCAAGGACUCAUUAUUACCAAUUCGUAUUAUGAGAAUACGCUUAGCUACUUCAGAUAUCGUAAAUGGAAACAGCUACGACAGAUAAAGCAAAAGGGCGAUGAUGAUGAUGAUGAUGAUAUAUGGUGGAUGAGCCCUUUAACAGUAAAUGCCUUUUUCUCCCCAUGGUCGAAUGCUAUAAGCCUUUCGGCAGCGGAUUUCCAGAGUCCAUUUUUCGCUUAUAGUCGGCCACAAGCUAUUAAUUAUGGUAUUGUUGGAGUCAUUAUGGCUCACGAAGUUAAUCAUGGAUUCGAUGAUGAUGGAAUCACAUAUGAUAAGAACGGUAAUCCUGCCGAAUGGUUAUCUAUAAUGUCUCAAGAGUACGGGAAAAGAGCAAACUGUUUUGUAGAACAAUUUAAUAAUUAUCCCAUUGAAAAAAAUUCAAAUAAAACAAUACCGGACUAUGGCAAUCAAACAUCAGGUGAAAAUAUCGCGGAUACAAUGGGAUUACAAGCAUCAUUUAGAGCUUAUCAAAGGAGGGAACGAGAGUGUGAAAAACCGGAUACCGUAUUGCCGGGUUUGGAAGAAGUCACCAAUGAUCAGCUCUUCUUCCUAUCAUUUGCCAAUGUGUGGUGCGAAGCUACUAUCAAUUCGGAAGCUGCUGAGAUAAGAGCCAAGAUGGACGUACACAGUCCUGGACGUUUAAGAGUGAUAGGUUCUGUUUCAAACUCAAAAGACUUCGCCAAGGCUUUCAAUUGCCCUGUUGGUAGUGCAAUGAAUCCCGAAAGUAAAUGCAAUAUCUGGAAGUAAUGUAGAAAUUAUAAUAAGUCAAAUAUUUGAUCAAUAUGUAUAGAAAAAUAUUCGACAAAAAUGUUUUAUCCACUUAUAUCGAUGAAUAAACUGACGCACAUCUAA